ACAUGCUAGAAACAGCUAUCAACACUCAGACAGGAUAGUUAACUCCAGUAUUACACAGAUGUAGCGUUUUAAGCUUUAAAACACAGAUGAAAUAUUUAGUUUAGAGGCGGUUAGGACUGAAUCAAACCGCUGUUGCAUCUCUCAAAGCCUCUCAGAUAGCUGCUGUCCUGACGGGUCGCUAACAGCUAGCCGGUGUUACGGUUUAACUGGUGACUUUUCUCAUUUUAAGAUACGCUACGACAGGUUAGGUUAAUAAGUCUUCUGAACACAAUUGAGCUUACACAUAUAGUUAGAUGCUUAGACAGUACAGACAGAUGAAAAUUAUUAAACUAUAAAGUCCUUUUUAGGAGAAAACCUACGUGAAAGUUACCGGUUAACACGGUCACUAGUUAUACCGUAGCACCGGCGGAGCUAGCUGUCACCGGGUUUGUUGUUGUUCUCUGUAAAGGUGUUUGAGUCUGUUAAAACACAUGAGUGUGUCUCUGGUCGUUAUCCGCCUGGAACUAGCCGACCAGUCUCCUUUUCCUCAAGGUUUCCACUACUCAGCUGUCGAAGGCAUGUCGGAUGAGGAACGGCAGGACAAAGCUUUGGGUUUAGCCAAACUCACUCUGGGCGGAAAGACGGAGCUGGAGAGAGCAGCCGUCCUGCACCAACACAUUGGCAGCAGAGCAAUGGGGGACAUGGUUAUAGAGACCUUUGAGCCUAGCCCAGAUAAAGGAGGAGGUGAAGACCCUGGUGGUUCGGCGGAGCAGCACAGUGAAGUUCAGGCUGGUUCGGACAGUAAAGAGGAAACUGAAGCUUCACAGGACAACGGAGCAGCCACAGGAAACACUCCAGACUCUCCUUCCAAGCAGCUGCCGGACCAGAUCUCUUUCUUCAGCGGGAACCCGUCGGUGGAGAUCAUCCACGGGAUCAUGCACCUCUACAAGACCAAUAAAAUGACGUCUCUGACUGAAGACGUGAGACGCAGUGCCAUGGUGUGCAUCCUCACUGUCCCUGCCACCAUGACCAGCCAUGACCUCAUGAAACUCCUGGCGCCAUUUAAUGAAGUCAUGGAGCACAUGAAGAUCAUACGGGACUCAACUCCAAACCAGUACAUGGUCCUGAUUAAGUUCUGUAAACAGGCAGACGCAGACAGUUUUUACACAGCGUGUAACGGCCGCCAAUUCAACUCUAUAGAAGAAGCAGUGUGCCAGCUGGUGUAUGUGGAGCGAGCAGAGGUUAUACGGUCUGAUGAGGGCGCCAGUCUGCCGGUGAUGGAGCUGACGGAGCUGCCGAAAUGCACCGUGUGCCUGGAGAGGAUGGACGAGUCGGUGAACGGCAUCCUCACCACUCUCUGCAACCACAGCUUUCACAGCCAGUGUCUGCAGCGGUGGGAAGACGCCUCGUGUCCCGUGUGUCGUUACUGUCAAACACCAGAGCCGGUGGAAGAGAACAAGUGCUUUGAGUGUGGGGUGCAGGAGAACUUGUGGAUUUGUUUGAUUUGCGGCCACAUCGGAUGCGGUCGCUACGUGAGCCGGCAUGCCUACAAGCACUUUGAGGAGACGCAGCAUACGUACGCCAUGCAGCUCACAAACCACAGAGUCUGGGAUUACGCAGGAGAUAACUACGUACAUCGACUGGUGGCCAGUAAGACCGACGGUAAGAUGGUUCAGUAUGAAUGUGAAGGAGACACCUGCCACGCUGAGAAGAUCGACGCUCUCCAGUUAGAGUAUUCGUACCUGCUGACGAGUCAACUGGAGUCUCAGAGGAUUUACUGGGAGAAUAAGAUCGUUCACCUGGAGAAGGAGACGGCCGAGGAGAUAAACAAUAUGAAGGCUAAAUUUAAGGAGACUCUGGAGCGCUGCGAUAACCUGGAGCAGCGGUUUGGAGAAAUAAGCAAAGAUAAGCAGAGCAUAGAGAAAAAGUACACUCAGCUGAGCAGUCGGGUGAUGAAGCUGAGUCAGGAGCUGAAGGAGGAGCAGGAGAUGAACCGCUGUCUGAGAGCCAAUCAGGUGCUGCUUCAGUCCCAGCUGGCGGAGGAGGAACGCAAAGGAAAAGAAACCGGCGAGCGUAAAGACGAGACGAUAGCAGAGCUUCAGGAGCAGCUGAGAGACGUCAUGUUUUAUCUGGAGACUCAGCAGCAGAUCGAACAUCUUCCCCCCGAAGCUCGCAGCGAAAUCCAAGAGGGGCAGAUCAACAUCGCAGCGAGCAGCAGCGGUCCGUCAGAUCCCAGCGGAGCCGGACCCUCGUCUUCCUCCGGCAGAGGAAGGAGAGGACGAGGCAGAAAGAGGAAGUAGUAGAAAGUUUAAAAAAUGUGCUAAAAAAGUGCUGCUGCCUCUUAGUGUGGACGAACGAGGCCUGAGCUGUGUCCAUUUGUUAAAACGUGCGUCUGAAUCAUCAAAGAGGAAGAAAGACUGAACGUAGACGCUCGACUUCUUGAAGAAAAGAUUUAAUAAUAGUGACGAUAUUUUACUUUGCACACUUUCUCCCACCUUUAAACUUAAAUGUAGCUUCUGCAGAGUGACGACAGCGGAGCAGCGACGGCCAAUAAGAGACGUUAAAAAACACAGAAUAUAUUCAACAUCUGUGUGUGAUGUUAAUAUAUUAAAGAAAAAGAAAAAAACAUCUAUUUUGGUCAUAAAACGUAUUAAUUUGAUCAAAAUUGUUGAUUUUUUUUGCCUCCUUUAAUCUUCUAUUGUGCCCAGUUUAAUGUCAUAUUAUCAGUCUUUUUCUUUUUUAAUUAACUUUUUUUUUUCUUUUACACACACAAGAGUUAGUAGAUAAAUCACUCUUUUUUCUCUCUACUCUUUUUUUAAAAGAUGACUUUUCUUUUACACUUAAAUAAGUAAAUAAAUCUCUUUCGCUCUCCUUUUCCCCGCUCUUUCUCCUUUUUCUCUUUUUCACUUUUUCCCUCUCUCUCUUUCUCUUUCUCUCCUUUUUCUCUCUUUCUCUCCUUUUUCUCUCUCUCCUUUUCUCUUUCCGCCUCUUUUUCUCUCUCUCUUUCUUGCUUUCUCUCUUUCCUUUUUCCCCUCUUUCUCUCCUUUUUCCCUCUCUUUCUCUCCCUCUGUCUUCCUUUCUCUCUCUUUUUUAAAAGAUGUUUUUUCUUUUACACACAAGAGUUCAAUAAAUAUCUUUGUCUUUCCGUCUCGCCUUUUUCUCUUUCUCUUUCUCUCUCCUUUUCCCCUCUCUUUUUCCCUCUCUUUCUCUCCCUCUCUUCCCAUCUUUUUUAAAAUAUGUUCUUUCUUUUACACACAAUAGUAGAUCAAUAUUAGCUUUGUAUAAAAAGGAUAAUUAAGUUUUUUCAUGUUUUGCUGCUUAAAAAAAAAUCCUUUUAAACUGGAAUAAUUUUUUUCUGUUCUUCAGUAAAAUGUUUAAAAGUUUUUUGAGUGUUUUUUUUUUUGAUUGAUCAUUAUUUUUGCACUAGUCUCCAAAACCAACAGUGAAAAUGAAAAAUGACUCAGGAUUGAUAUGAAACAGAGCAGCGGCUGCUUUACAAGUCUCCUUCUUUCAUAUCGGUGACGUUUGUUUUUAUUUGGUGUUGGAAAGCCGGAAGCACACUGACAGGAAGUUGUUCUUGGACGGAGGAGGAGAGAAACAGGAAGGUCAUAUCUUGUUCGUACUGCCUUCUGUAUGUCAGUGAUUUCCAACAAACCCAGUUGGGGGGGAGGUUAAAUGAGGUACGUGUAGUUUAAAUGAAGCUCCUGCUGCAGCCAGCGAGGCGUCUGCAG